AUGAGUCAGCGUAACCAGCAAAAUAAUUCCCAAGCUAUUAGUAACUUAGAGACUCAAAUAAGUCAACUUUCAAACCGGCUAAAUGAUAGGGAGAACGGGACAUUUCCUAGCCAAACGACUCCAAAUCCUAAAGGAGUUAACCAGGUUAAUGGAUUGGGUAGUUAUAACCACAAUGAACACGUCAAAUCAGUUAUCACCCUUAGGAGUGGUAAAACUCUAGAGAACUCGGUAGAACCACCUAAGGACAGUAGUCUAGCUGAAAAGGAGGCUGAAGUUGACCAAACUUCGUCUAAAGACCUUAAUGGGCCUGAGAAUGCUAAGAGUCCAAGUGAGGAAGAUAUCCCUGAGAGAGUGUACAUACCACCCGCUCCAUUUCCUCAGAGACUCGCUAAGAAAAAGCCUAGUACAUAUGUUGAAAUCCUAGACAUCUUUAAGCAAGUUAAGAUCAACCUCCCUUUAUUAGAUGCAAUAAAACAUGUACCUGCUAUGGCCAAGUUCCUAAAAGAGAUGUGCAUUGUCAAGAGAGACGCGAGUGUCCAUAAAAAAGGCAUUUUUGACCCAACAAGUAGCCAAAAGAUAGAAAAUGCUUUGUUAGAUCUUGGGUCUAGUGUGAAUCUUUUACCAUUCUCGGUAUACGAACAACUUGGACUAGGGGAGAUGAAACCAACUAGGAUAACACUACAGUUAGCCGAUAGGCCAGUCAAAAUCCCACGUGGAAUUAUUGAAGACGUUUUGGUUCAGGUAGAAAAAUUUAUCUAUCCAGUUGACUUUGUGAUUUUGGACACUCAACCUGUCUCUAGUCAAGAUAUCAAUAUCCCAAUAAUUCUAGGUCGUCUGUUUCUAGCCACUGCGAAUGCAGUCGUACAUUGUCAAACUGUCCUAGUAGAAUUUUCAUUUGGGAAUCAGAAAAUCUCAGUGAACGUUUUUAAGGCGUUACAAGCCCCACCGGACCCUGAACACUAUGAGUUUAUAUGCAUGAUUGACUCUCUAGUUGACAAUACUUUACCACUAAUAGUGUUAGCGAUCCUUUAG